AUGUAAAGGUGCGGCAGACAUGACAGAAAUAAAAUCAAGAAAGGAUCACAUAUGUAAAUCUUUGGAUUGUGUUGGAGUGACGUUGUCACUGGAACCGUUGAAGAGGGCAGGUUUUAAAGUGCGAAGCAAGAAUUUGAAUGAGGUUGUAACUAGACUCUCAGAAGUCAUAAAUGAUUCAGUCGCGAGUGAAAACGUUCUCCGAGUUUCGCGUCUUUUUAAAGAUUUCCUUGGACUGACUGGAAACGCAUUCUACGUUAAACAUCUGUCAGUAGUGAUGCAGCUACUAGAAUUUUUAGGUUGGAAAGCAAGGGAAGUCGAGGAAUACCAAGUCCAUCUGGAUAGGAUGCUCGAGUUUUGCUGCGAGCCGCCAAUUUUUGAAAAGACUUCGGAAAGUCUGUUCUGCCAAGAUGAUCUCGAAGAAUACUUUACAGUCCUGGGUUGUCUAAUGGCGAUUUUACCUAGGAGCCAAAAUAUUCUACAGGUUCAGACAGCAAUUCGUCGACUUCUCGUAAGAACAAGGCCCACCACUGUUUCAGCAGUGAGAGCCGAGCUCUGUCAACGGGCAAUGGAGAAAUCUAGACUACCUGUUACCGUAGUAGAACUUUUGGAAGUCUAUGAAGGGGAGAUGUUUGAAAAGUUAUUGGAUCUGAUCAAGGUUAUCGUGGCCGUGUCCGAACACUGCUGUGAGUGGUUUAUAAAUGGUUUGGCCGAAUGUCACAAGCUUCUGCAGUCAAAAAUACUCGAUCAUCUUCUGGUUAGACUGAAUCCGUAUUACGACAAAGAAAACUACUGCAUCCCGCCACCGGAAGUGCCACAGCAGGAAGCCGAAAGACCUGAGUAUCAAGGAGUUUUAGUUCUUGUUACAAAAGUGACGUUGGCUUUGAUGAUGUCGGUCUUUCCGAGUGGGAAAAAGUUUCCAGCUUGCCUGGAAGACUUCUGUUCGCCAACUAGAUGUGCUAUGUGGGGUUUACGAUACGCCUUCAAGAGGGAAGUCCUCUACGCUCGACGGAAAACCAAGACUCAUUCGGUACGUAAUGAUCUAGCGACUGUAAUUCUUACUGGAAUGGUUGGUCUACCCUCCUGGAAAAUAAUUGAAUGUGGCCUCGCUGAAGAUGUCUCCGUCCUUGUUGCUGCUUACGAAUUUGGAGCAAAGGAUUCCUGGGCGGAAACUGCGCCUGCCGUCACAACGAACGAGGACCUGUCCUUCAGGAAGACUUUGCUCCUGAUCAUUUGCCAUCUCGUAAAAUGUGAUACGUCCAUAAACAUUAUGGAGGAGAGAUCGGUUCUCUUGGCUCUUCUUGAUUUCAUAAAUUCUAGCAGAGUGAGGACGUUCAAGGUGUCUUGCAGAAAUCCUCGAGAAUUUUUGGAAUUAUUUCAGUGCUCCAUCCGCACCCUGACGCUUUUAGUCCCAAAGAUGACAAACUCCUUUCGUGCGCAUAACGGCGCGCGUAGGUUAUUAACGAUCAUUAAGUGGUGGAUGACUGUCGAUGAUGGGACCUAUGUCAUAAUUGACUGUCUGAUAACAAUCGCUUCGAUAGUGUCGGCAGUCGAGUGUGUCGAGAUUCUGAAUGAUUUUAUCGAGGAAGGCGCCAUACCUAUUCUCAUAAAUUUGAUAAACUUUGUUGUUAUCCAUGACAAGUCAUUAGCAACGGAUCGGCAACGUGUCAUCACGCUCGCAAUGAUAGCUUUAAAGAGUCUGCACUCGAAUAGGAUAUCAUCAGUUGCCGAAACUUUGAGCGACCAGAGUGUCAAGAUGGUGGUGCAAUUAUUGCAGAGGACAUUAGGAUUGACAAGAAGAAAUACUAAAGGGAAUCUCGAUUUUCAAGUGGAUCAACGGUACUUGGAGAUUCCUCCGAGUGGUAUUGCAAUGUCAGAUAAAAGAAUAAAUAUUAUUGGCAGGCUUCUAAUCGCAGUGGGUGUCUACGUCUGGAAGUGCAUCGUUUAUUGCCCGAUAAAUCUGAAGAACUUUAUAGAAACGGGAGGAACGUACCUGAUACUGGAUAUCAUUGACAGGGUCAAGUAUCCAGUGACUUGCGUCUACAUUGGUAUCUUGGCAGACAUGUGCGAGGGUUCCUUCAGUGCCGCCGAAUUGGCCACUUGGAGAGGAGUCGAUAAGCAAAAGGGUUUAAUGUCUUUGCUGGCACGUGUGUGGCGAGAAGAGGAAAUCCGAAUUGGCGUCCAGAGGACGGCGAAUGGUUCUAUAGAGGAUGCUGAACUUCCUCUGAUGGGCACCGAGCAACAGCUGAGCACGUAUCAUGCGAGGCUGGAUCAAAGUUGUAGUCCAGCCCUUUUGGAGAUGAUAGGUUCCACUCGUGCAAAGAUCCAUGCGAUUCGCAGGAUCAUAGAGCGGGAGACCUUUGGGUAUAACAGAGCAAAAGAACAUUAUAAAGUUUUAUAUGAAGAUCUUUGUACCACUGAUAUUAUUACGAUGCAAAUUGUCGAUCAUUACUUUAAUUUGAAGCAAGGUCAGAUUUGGAUAGAGGUCGUUAAGUAUUUGGAGCAGGUCGGUGUGAACCCGCUGGGUAUGGAUGGGCAAAUGAUGUUCCUCAUGAUACAGAGACAUCGUGGACUGGGGGUAUUUAUUCAAGGGAAUCAGGAAAAACUGCUCAAAACUGCACGGGAUGCUGAUUCAAAAAUCGAAAAGGAAGAAUUCGCUAGGAUUCGCGAUUCUAAACUUACUCUGGCCUUGACUGCUCUGAAGGACAUCGAUUAUCUUCGCAGGACCACUGAUAGAAAGUACAUGCUGGAGAGAAAAGCAGUUCAGAGGAAGGAAGUCAAUGCUGCUUUGAAAUUUCCUCUCGUGGCGGAUGAGAAUCAUUGUCAUAGGACGUUUUUUGAAAAGUCAAACGUUACCGCUAUCCUGGGACAAAAUCAAAGGAUCGAUAGCGUGAAGAUGAUAGAAUCAGAUCUAGGAAGGGUGAAAUUACUUCCGGUUUCACUAUCGAGUUCCGAAGUAUCUUCGCCUAGACUUUCUUUCGGUUCAAUUCGUUGCGAUUCCGAAGACAUUUUGUCAUGUAACAAAUGCUUUCAAUCCGAUGUUCUGUGCUCUCAUCGGUAAUUGACUUCAAAAACUGGAAUUCAGGAUGAUCAGCAGGAACUGAAGGAAUUACUGAAGCUUUCCAAUGGGCAACAACUAAUUGCAACUAGCUGCAGAUGCUGCCUCUAGGUAUCUUUGUGCAACUAGACGAUUUCGAUAUAGUAGACCGGUUGCCACAAGAACAGAUUUCAAUGUUAUCGACCAGCGGCUCAUUUACAUAAUCUGAUAAUUCACUCUACAUCUAUCUUACGAAGAUAAACUUUUAUCUUCAACUAAGAUAGGAAGAAAAUAGGGUUUAAUAAUGCAUUAAAAAAAGAUAUUUGCAGAUUCAUUUAAAUUUCAUAAAAAGACAAAUCUUCAAAUUGUAUCCGUCUAAAAAAUUUUGAGUUAGCAGCCGUUUGAAAAGAAGAGAAUAAAGUACGUACAAUCAUACAAAUAAGAAGGAAGUUUGGUUUACAUAGCAAUUGUAUUAUUUGGCUGUAUAUUUAUAUAAUACGAAGAUUAUUUUUUAAAAAUAAAUAUCAAACCUGAUACUCUAAUCGAUGAUAACAAAUAUUU